AUAUCUAACUUGUUUCUUAUUUUAGAUAUUUUUAGCUCGCGCAGCCAACUUCACGUCGAUGCCAAAGUCAAAAUAACGCGCAAAAUUGCUAUUUUUACAAUUUGAUAAGGUUUUCAAUUUAAGCUGAUUUUUAUUAGAAGUUAAAGAAACCGCACGCCACAAUGUCGCACCUUAUGCCUCGGCGGACCAGUGAGUUCCGCGACAAUGUUCUGGAGGACAACAGCGUUGCCGACAGACGUCAACAAAGAUCCACAAUGCGCGGCGGAGUCACUCCGACUCCCAAAUCCACCAAGACUUCGAACCUGCGGCCUUCGCAGAGCCGUAUUUCGCAGCCCCUGUGCUUGGAGCGGGAUCGGGCCAGCCAGAUGAUCGGGACUCCCAAUCACAAUCACCGGCGCCCCAUGUUCUCCUCCGUGGAGCGUCCGGUGGCCCUCCACUCGGACAAGAAGUGGGUGGCAGAGAGGUCGCAGCAGAUUUUCGAAUACCUGCGCGACGUGUCGAGCAACCCAACCCACAGUCUGGACAUCAGCAGGAUCAACAGUCUGCGGCAAAUGACCAUCAAAGAGUUUGUGGGCAUAAUUAACCACUUCUUCCACCAAAUCUUUGGUAAUCGGGUGACCGUUGGCCAGAAUCAUGUAGAGGACAUAAUAGGCGCCAUGCAGCGGCUGAAUUAUCCUCAUCAGAUGGGCAAAUCGUGGCUCAUGUCGCCAACUACUCAGCACUCAUUCGGUCAUGUCAUCGUUUUACUCGACUUCCUCAUAGACUUUGCGCCAUCCUCGGAGGAGCCGGCAAAUGAGUUUCUAUUCACUGACACCUCGGAGCAGCCUAGCUCUUAUCAGCACAGCGUGGCCAGCGAGUCGAUGGCCGUCAUGUCCACCACGCAAUCGCAUCAGGCGCUGCAGCUGGACGAGGAGCUAAACGCCCUGCUCUUUGCCGCCUGCCGGCAGUGCAACGUUUUGUGGGAUCAGGAGCACAUCGAGGAGGAGGACAAGCUGAAGGCAAAGACCAGCGAGCUGGUACUAUCCAAGAAGUACGAUCUGGAGAACCUGCAAGCACUGAAUCAGGAGAUCGAUGGCCUAAGGGUGAAGAAUCAGAGGCUGGAGGAGCAGCUGAGCAGCGAUAACGAGAAGAUUCACCAACUGAAGCAGCUCACCCAGGAGCAGAAUCGUUUGGCUAAGACCCUGGCUGCCACCCAAAAGGAAUUAUCCCACCAAAUGGAGCACAACGCCAAGGUAUCCGCCAAGGCCAACGAGAAGCAAGUGGAUUUGGAGCGCCAGGUGGAAUACGAGCGACGCCUGCAGCAUAAGGUGAAGAACCAAAAGUACAACGUACAGCAGCUGCAGGAUCUGCAGACGCACUCCAACGACCUGCUGAGCCACUCCAAGGUGUACGAACGCCAGGUGAAGAACGUGUCGGACAUGGAGCUCAACCAGCAGGUUAUGCUGGCUCGGGCCAAGCAAAAGCAACUGGACUCGGUGGAGGCCUACAACUCGGAUGUCCACAAACUGACCAUGGACUCUGUAAUCUGCCAGCUGAAGCGAGACGGUGGUCAACAGUUGAACCUAGCGCUGCCGCUGCAACCCACACUGGCGGACAUCGGCGAACAUGUCCAGUGUUUGGAGGUGCUGGGCAAGCUGCUGCAGCACCAGCGCCGCCUCAACGACGAGCGACGGCAGCAGCUGGAGCAGCAGAAGGAAGCUUUAGCGGGCGAGGAAAUCAAGCUGUACGCCCUAGUCGGAACUUUAAAUUCGGAGCUGGCCGCUUUAAAGCAGCACCGCUCCAACUUGGAGGCCAGCCACAAGGCCAAGCUGGACGCCAUGCUGCAGCAUCAGCAGCAGCUGCUGGAAACGGAUUUCGAACUGAGGGUCCAGCUGGAGGAGCAGCAGAAGAUGUGCGAGACAUUAUUGCAGAAGCUGACGGAUUUGGAGACACGGAAUGAAGAGAUCAUGUCCUCCGCUGAACGGUAUCAGGAGGAGGACCUGCAGGCUCGAAAUACCCGGUGUGACGAGAUCGAGAAAAAACUGGAGGAAGCUGAAGAGGAGCUGGAGGCCUUCACUGCUACGCUGGCCACCAAUAAGGCUAAGCUGGAGUUGGCCAAGGAGGAGCUGGACUCAUUCCCGAUGCCGUCGUUUGAGCCAGUGAUGGAAGCAAUUAAUAAGCUUUGUUUUUAGGCAAAUAGUGUAGGUUGAUGGUUUGGUUUUUAUUUUUAAUAAACAAAAUAUUUAUUUUU